UAGGGAAUAAAAAAGGAAGGAAAAUAUAGAGGAAAAUCAGGAGGAGAUAAAUUCGAAGGAAAACAAUAAAUAGUUCCAGAGAUUGAACAAGGAUUGUCAGAAGCUACAAAUUCAAAAGUUACUGUUAGUUUUACACCACAUUUAAUGCCAAUGAGCCGUGGCAUGCAAUCAACUAUGUACGUAGAAAUGGCUCCGGGAGUGACAACUGAUGAGCUAUACAAUCACUUAAAGAGAAGUUAUGAGAACGAAGAGUUUGUAGUAUUGCUGAAGGACAAAGAUGUUCCGCAUACCCGACAUGUCCGAGGAUCAAAUUACUGCCUCAUGAAUGUGUUUCCGGAUCGAAUUUCUGGGAGAGCAAUUAUUAUAUCAGUUAUUGAUAAUCUUGUGAAGGGCGCGUCUGGGCAAGCGUUACAGAACCUCAACUUGAUGAUGGGUAUUCCUGAAAAUACAGGGCUACAUUGCUUACCUUUAUUUCCUUGAGUUAUUAUUAUUAUUUUGUCUAGCUUUGUUAUCAUCAUUCAUCAACAAGUUUUUUCUUUACCUUAAAAAAAUACGGAGUAUUUUUCUCGAUGUUAGAUCUCCAAUUUCCUCUAUGCAUAAGUGAAAAUAAGCUAUGCUACAAAGCAAUUAAAGCUUGUAUGUAUAC